AUGGUGAACGAUGCCGACUUUGAUCUGGCAAGAUGGUGGGGACUUUUUGGUGGCUCGAUUCCUCAUUUGACAAAGAUUACAAUGAGGAUUCUUUCUUUAACUAGUAGUUCAUCGGGUUGUGAAAGGAAUUGGAGCACGUUUGAAGCGGUACAUACAAAGAAACGAAAUAGAUUGAAGACAAAUGAAGUCAACACCGAAUCAAUUAUGGAAUUGAUUGAUGAAGCUCUCGGGACUAAUGAUAAUCAAGAGUCCCGCCAAAAUUCAACAACUAGAGAACUUUUUGAUGAAGAUUUCAAGUCCGAGAGUGAGGAGCAAGUGUUUGAAGAAGGUGAAUAUGAGUCGUAUGGAGUUCAAAUAUUGGAAGAAGUCGGAGGAGAUUAG